CAGAGCUCAGUGAGGCGUUGCCAAGGCAACGUGACUGCGUUGGCAACUGGAGAGCGACGCGGGUGGAAAUGUCUCCACACGAAAUGAAACGGACAAAACAGGCGGAAUAAAGAGGGAAACAUGCAUAUGACAAGACCGAAAUCCUCUAAAGGACGCACUAGAGUCAGGGUGACUCAGGCUCUGGCUGCGGAUGAAGGUGUGCAUCAGAGCCACAUGUUUUCCCCCCACCCUCCCCCUUCUUCUACGCCCACUGUGAUUCCCACCCGCGCCGUCCCCAGACAGAGCAGCAGGCCAAGUGCAGAAGUUCACAGUGAAAUCUUCGAACCACCCCCAGAUGUUCCAGUUCUCUCCCUCAACAAGUACAAGGUUCUCCCUUCCAUCGAGAAGAGGCCAGGAGAUGUUUUGACCAGAGGUGUGGAAGAAAAGGUCUCUAGGCUCAGUCUGUCUGACAGCAGCCUUCGUGACCACCAUCAGCUCCAGAGAGACCAACACAUCUCCCAUUUCUGUUCUUGGACUGCUUCAAGAAGUGACCCAGAGAUGGGGAUUGUGUCUACGCUCCAGUUUGAUCCUAACACAGGGAGGGUGACUCCUGGACACUCAGAGAGCAGAACAGAUGUAGCUGUUGAUGGUGACAAGCAGCUGCUGCUUGCAAUUCGAACUCCAUGCGGUCAGAGGUUCAAAUGGCACUUUCAGCCCACAGAUACGCUCCAGGCUGUCAUAGCUGCUGCCGAGGCCAAAUGCGGAGAGCGGUACAAACAUGCUGUAAUCGAGACCAUGGAGGUCCCUCGGCAGACCUUCACCAAUCUAACCAUGAGCCUGUCUCAAUGUGGGAUCUUUAAUAAGUCUGUUUUAUGCAUCAGCCUCGAAGACAGUGCAGUGGACUACUGAUGCUUCUAAGUGUUCCAAGUUAUUCAUUAAAGGGUCGGCUUCCUGGACAGCCUAAUCCUGGACCGCACCUUCCUUUCAAUGGACAUCUGGAUCUCCAUUCAGAACGUUGUGUAGUCUAGAAUCGGGAAAUCGACCCGAGUGGAAAUCCACUUUUGUCUAAUGAUGAUUAUUGUAAUGAUUUAGCUUUAUUAAUGGAACAAUAAUGUGAACUAGUAAAGAUUAUUUUAAAUAAACAUUUGUAAACAUUC